AUGAUUGAAACUCAAACCGAUCGAAAGAUCAAGACUCUCAUAUCAGACAAUGGUGGCGAAUACAAGUAUGAUCCUUUCUUGGAAGCAAAGCAUUUUGGGCUGAGAAUUACCUAUGCAAGUCAUCUUAUUAAUUGGUUGCCUACUGCUGCAAAUAAGGGGAAAACGCCCAUGGAGGUAUGGUCUAGUAAACCUUGUAUUGAUUAUAAGUAUUUACAUACAUUUGGUUGUCUUGCUUACUAUCAUGUCAGGGAAAGCAAGUUGGAUCCAAGGGCAAAGAAGGCUCUGUUUAUGGGCUUUAGUAAUGGCACGAAGGGAUACCGACUUUGGUGUCUAAUUGAGAAGAAAUUUGUUGUAAGCAGAGAUGUAACUUUUGAUGAGGCUGUUGUGGUUAGUCAGAACAAGCAUGAAGGUGAAACUAAAGCAACCAAGACUAGGAGUAGUUUAAAGCAAGUUGAGUUACUAAAGACUCUAGUUGUUCUAGUGAGGUCUGACGUUACAGACACUAGUCCUAUAGUUGAUUCUGAUGAUGAGGACGAGGAUGAUGAAGAGGAGGCAUCUACCUAA